CACCAUUCAAUAUUCAAUUAGCAUUAAAAUGUCUGAUUGGAAUAAUGAAACCAUCCUAAAAAUGUGAAUAAAUGGUGUCUUAGGCUAGAAUGGCUACGCAAAAGCCGAGUUUAUGGGCUGAACAUUUAAUAAACCGUUUUGGGGACCAGUUGCCAUGCCGAAUUGGUCCUCAAACCACCCAUACUACUAUCAAUCAAGAACAGAACAAGAAUUGCAUUAUCCAAAUAUCCAAACACAAGUUUUCUUUAGUUCUAGAUGGUUUUGUUAAAGUCCUCAAAAAAGUAAAUGAAACGCACGACAAAAAUCAAAAACAUGGAUCAGAACAAGAAAAAAAUUAUUUUGAUAGUUUAUUUAUAGUCUUAGAAACCCUUGAGAAAUGUUUCAGCAUUCAACCGAAAGACUCAAUAUCUCUAAGUAUGGAAGAAACUCAGAACCUAAAAACGCUUUUAAAAGAGAUUUGCAGUUACCUUCUCAUAAAAGACGUUUUUCCAGAAAAUAACCCAAACACUCACGCUGUAAGACUUCUAGCUAGUAAGGUCCUUUUUGCGUUAUCGGUAAAUUUUUUCAACAUCGUUUUUACAAGAAUAACAUAUAAACUACAAGAAUGUGCUUCGUCGCCUGAAGAAAUAACUGAUUUAAGCGAAAUCGAACUAGUUCAGCACAUAAACGUUGAUGUUAAGAGAUUGGCAAAACUAUUUCUAGAGGGAGUGACAAAAUUUAAACAACUUAGGAAAAAUGCGCAGCAGCUAUACGUUGUCUCGCUUGAGAAAGCAAUUUGGAACUGGAUAGAAACGUACCCGUUCGAGUUUGCCGAAUAUCAGAGAAAUCCAGAUGAAGAUCUUAAUAAAAAUGCUGACCAGUUGUUUGACAUUAUGGAAUCAUCAAGCGAUAAUAAAAAGAUUAAGCCUAACAUGUGGUCCCUUCAAAUGAUGCUCUUGGUACUUAUACCACGUGUAUUUGAUGAUAGCGAGGCAACUCGAUAUGCGAAGAAAAAGAAUUACAUCGAUAAUAUUAAAAAAUCCUUUGCUUUGCAUAAUAAUAAACAGUCAAUUGAAGCUGCUGCAAUAGCCUGCGUCAAACUUUGCAAGGCGUCGACUUAUAUAAAAACGUUGGAGUCUUCAGAUAAAAUUUUUAGUCUUGUUCAAAGUGUGAUGAACGAUUUAAAGAAUUUAUUGUUUAACCCAUCAAAUCCAUAUUCAAGAAGAACCUGUGUGGGACAAGAUAUAGACAUGAUGAUUGACUGUUUCGUUUCAGUAUUUCGUAUAAACCCACAUUGUAAUGAUUGUCUAAAUGUUUGUCUAAACCUAGGAUCACCGGCAACUUACCAUUUCGUGUUGGUUAGAUCUUUGUAUAAAAUAGUAACCCAACCGCGUUUGCCUUGGUGGCCAACUAUCGAUAUACUUUAUACUAAAUCUGCCGAACUCAGGGAUAUAUUUGCUGAUAUUUUAAAUAAAGUUACUACUCAGGGAUAUAGUCAACAUACGCCUUUAAGAAUGAUGAUAACUACAUUAAAAACAAGCAGAGAUGCCCAGAUGAAAUAUCGUUCAGGAGCGGAGGAAUCUAAUCCCUAUAGAAAUCUGCUUCUCUUCAUGGUGCGUCUCAUCCAUGCAGAUCCUGUAUUAUUCUUAAACCAACACGGAAAACCUGGUCACGAAGUUCAAAGUUGCACUUUAGAUUUGAUUAAUGGGUUGGUCUCUUUAGUUCAUUUACAGUCAAUACCAGAAGUGGCUCAAGAAGCGAUGGACGCAUUGUUGGUUCUACAUCAUCCGGAUAAAAUUGAAAUGUGGAAUCCUGAAGCUCCAAUUAAUACUUUUUGGGACGUUGGCUCUCAAGUGUUAAGCCAAAUCUCAGGGAAACUUAUACAGCAUCAAUAUGUCAACUACACAGAUAUUCUCAAAUGGCUGAGAGAAAUACUAAUAUUUCGUAAUGCUUUCUUAACGAAACACAAGGAGUAUGCUACUUUAGGAAGUUCGAUUAGUCAUUCAUCUCAAGCUCACAUUAAGCUAGAGGUGGUUUAUUAUAUGUACCUUUGGAGUAUCGAUAUUGAUGCUGUUCUAGUUGCUAUGAGUUGUUUUGCCUUAUUGUGUCAAGAGGCCGAAAUUAUUUGCAUAUCAGAGGAAAUUAGUGUCACUACUUUAGUACCUAACUAUUACAUUUAUCUUGAAUUGGCCCAAGCAUCUACCGUUCUAACGACAGGUCGACUUGCGUUACAAAAACGAAUUACCGCAUUGCUUCGCAAGAUAGAACAUUGUACAAAUGGGGUAUACCCAGCUUGGGAGGAGACUUUUAGGAAUUGGAGCGCAUCCUACAAAACUAUUUCUGCUUGUUCUAAGACUCGAUCGGAUGAUGGCCAAAUGGAGCCAUUUCAUAGAUCUGUAGGGAAAAGACGGGCUUCACAUCAGAAUUCUGAACACGAGUUGGAGAAGGAGCAGAUUUCGGAAUGGGCAAAUAUGACCGGAUUUUUAUGUGCAUUAGGCGGAGUGUGUCUACAGGCCAAAACAAAAGCUGCAGAUGCUCAAUCAGCUGCUGCUACCCGUCAAAGACCCCUUAAGACUCCACAGUGCCAACAAUCUUCAGUAUGCCAUUCUGGCCAUGGUACUCCUACUGGCAAUCCUACGUCGGUUUCGGGAUAUUCCAGUUUGUCCUCUUUGGCAACACCGACUACAAGUUUAAGUGAAGUCAGCGGUACAACUAGAAAACCCGGUCCUAUGAUGGUGGGUACUCCAAAACUUCACCACCAUCAUGAUAUUGAAGGCAGUAAUGUCGUGCAGUUUGUGGAACUACUUCUUCGUUUGUUGGUAUGCAACAAUGAAAAAUUUGGACCCCAAAUACAAAAGUGCGUCAAGGAACUCAUUGGACAUGAAAUGGCACCGGCUCUCUACCCGAUUCUAUUUGAACAAAUUAAAGUGAUAGUGGACAAAUUUUUUGAUCAAGGUGGUCAGGUUAUGGUAUCAGAUUUGAAUACACAAUUUGUAGAACAUAUUAUAGUAAUUUUAAAGAAUAUCUUACAUUACUCUAAGAACGAUGAACCUUCGGAACAUCUCGGAGUGUGCAGUAUUGAAGGAAUGAUGUUACAGAUUGUUAAAUAUGUAAGACAACUGUCAUCCGAUACAUCAGUCCAUGUGUUGCACAUUAAAACAAAGCUGUGUCAGUUAGUCGAAGUAUUAAUGACUAGAAGAGAUGAUCUAUCAUUUAGACAAGAGAUGAAGUUUAGAAACAAGCUUGUGGAAUACUUAACUGAUUGGGUAAUGGGUUCUAGCCAUCAGAUAUCGCCACCAAGUGCAAAUGAUAAUAUUGUUAUGACAAGGGAAUUAGAUCAAUCUGCUAUGCAAGCUGUCGCAGCCCUCUUAAGGGGACUUCCCCUCCAACCUGAGGAGUCUGACAGAGGAGAUCUUAUGGAUGCAAAAAGCCAGUUAUUUUUAAAGUAUUUUACCCUCUUUAGGAAUUUAUUAAAUGAUUGCACUGGUCCUAUGAAUAAUUCAGAUGAAUCUGACAACGAUGAAUGUAGACACCGCCUAAAUUCCGAUAAUUUAUCUAACUUGCGAAGUGCUACGAUUCAAGCAAUGUCGAAUCUUUUAUCAGCAAAUAUUGACAGCGGCCUAAUGCAUUCUAUUGACCUUGGCUACAAUAAGGAUCUUCAAACCAGAGCAGCAUUUAUAGAAGUCCUGACAAAGAUUCUUCAGCAAGGAACGGAAUUUGAUACACUUGCAGAGACUGUAUUAGCUGAUAGAUUUGAACAGCUAGUGCAACUGGUUACAAUGAUAAGCGAUAAAGGAGAACUACCCAUCGCUGUUGCUUUAGCCAAUGUUGUUACCACUUCUCAAAUGGAUGAGCUAGCUAGAGUUUUUGUUACAUUAUUUGAUGCUAAACAUCUGCUAUCUCCGCUAUUGUGGAAUAUGUUUUAUAGGGAAGUUGAAAUUUCCGACUGCAUGCAGACACUAUUUCGAGGAAAUUCCUUAGGAAGCAAAAUUAUGGCAUUCUGCUUUAAAAUUUAUGGCGCUAGUUAUUUACAAACAUUGCUAGAACCUUUGAUUCAGCCCCUGCUUGACGAGCCUUACCAGAGAUUUGAGGUGGAUCCAGCUCGUUUGGAUUCGAAUGAAGAUAUAGAAGAAAACCGACAUAAUCUAAUUGCUUUAACGCAAAAGGUUUUUGACGCUAUAAUAUGCUCUGCAGAUAGGUUUCCACCUCAGCUACGCUCAAUGUGCCACUGCCUUUAUCAAGUUUUAAGUAAGCGAUUUCCUCAGUUUCCACAGAACAAUAUAGGAGCGGUCGGAACUGUGAUAUUCUUAAGAUUUAUCAAUCCUGCUAUAGUUUCUCCUCAUGAAAUGGGUAUUGUCAGUGAUCAGAUCCCAACAAAUACAAGGCGAGGAUUAAUGUUGAUGUCUAAAAUUUUGCAAAAUAUUGCCAAUCACGUCGAGUUUAGUAAGGAACAACAUAUGGUGCCAUUUAACGAUUUCUUAAAAAGCCAUUUUGAGACUGGCCGAAGAUUUUUUAUUACUAUUGCCUCGGAUUGUGAAACCGUAGACCAGGCGUCACAUUCAAUGUCAUUUAUAUCUGACUCUAACGUUUUGGCUCUUCAUAGACUCUUGUGGAAUCAUCAGGAAAAGAUUGGGGAUUAUCUGUCAAGCAGUAGAGAUCAUAGAUCUGUUGGAAGACGACCUUUUGACAAGAUGGCUACCUUAUUGGCUUACCUCGGACCACCUGAACAUAAAACUUUUGAUUCGCACUUGCUUUUUACUACCAAUCCUAGGUGGCGUAGUCUAGAUAUGUCAUCCACGAAUUUUGAAGAUUUGAUGACCAGGCAUAACAUUGACGAGAAAGAAGAAUUUAAAUCAAUAAAGUCAUUAAAUAUAUUUUACCAAGCCGGAACCAGCAAAGCCGGUUUUCCAGUUUUUUAUUACAUUGCUAGGAGAUUUAAGAUGGGAGAAACUAACGGCGACUUGCUUAUCUAUCAUGUUAUUUUAACUUUAAAACCUUUUUGUCAUUCCCCGUUUGAGCUGGUGAUCGAUUUUACGCGAACCGGCUCUGAGAAUAGGUUUAGGAUUGAGUGCUUACAAGGGUGGUUUUGCGUUAUACCAGAUGUAGCAAUAGAAAAUAUUCAUGCCGCCUAUAUUUAUAAUUGUAACAGUUGGGUCCGUGAAUAUACUAAAUAUCACGAUCGAAUACUAUACCCCUUAAAGGGUAACCGUAAAAUAGUAUUUCUGGAUCAUCCCUCAAAAAUUAAUGACUACAUUGAAACAGACCAGCAGAAGUUACCAGGAGCUACUCUCAGUCUGGAUGAGGAUCUUAAAGUAUUUCAUAAUGCUCUUAAGUUAUCACACAAAGAUACAAAAGUGGCAAUAAAAGUUGGACCGACUGCGAUUCAAAUAACUUCAGCAGAAAGAACAAAAGUUCUCGCACAUUCGGUCUUUCUAAAUGAUGUUUACUAUGCAUCUGAGAUAGAGGAAGUCUGUUUGGUUGAUGAUAACCAAUUUACUCUGACGAUAGCCAAUGAGAGUGGCCCUUUAAGUUUUAUUCACAAUGAUUGUGAUGCUAUUGUACAAGCCAUUAUUCACAUUCGAAAUAGAUGGGAACUUAGUCAGCCUGACACGCUGACAGUUCACCAAAAAAUUAGACCCAAAGAUGUUCCAGGAACUCUAUUGAAUAUGGCACUUUUAAACUUAGGAGUCCACGACCCUAUGUUACGUACGGCUGCCUACAAUCUACUUUGUGCUUUAACUGCAACUUUUGAUCUUAAAAUUGAAGGACAACUAUUGGAAACUCAGGGACUAUGUAUUCCGUCGAACAACACUUUAUUCAUUAAAUCAAUUUCCGAAAAAUUAGCUACCAAUGAGCCCCAUUUAACAUUAGAAUUUCUUGAAGAAUGUAUCCAAGGGUUCAGGGCAUCAAGCAUCGAAUUAAAACACUUGUGCUUAGAGUAUAUGACUCCGUGGUUGCCAAAUUUAGUAAAAUUUAGUAAGCCUAUGGACGAUUAUAAAAGAUACAAAAAGGUUGGCGAGAUCUUGAAAAAACUUAUAGUGCUUACAAUAGAGGAAACCGAAAUGUACCCUUCUGUACAAGCCAAAAUUUGGGGUACUUUAGGUCAGGUUCCAGACUUAAUAGAUAUAAUAUUAGAUACUUUCUUAAAUUGCUCUGCUAGUGACGGCCAUAGUCCACUGAUGGUUGAAGUACUUGCAGAUACAACAGUAGCGCUGGCAUCGGCUAACAUACAGCUUGUUGCCAAAAAGACCAUUGCCAGAUUUUUUAAGGUUAUUCGAAAUCUGACUACUUUGCAAAUCGAGAUUCCAGAGGGGAUACCACCUAUUACAGCCCUUGAAAGCAAUCCAAUGUGGGAGGAUUUGACCGUUUUAGCAAGAUAUCUUUUAAUGCUCUCAUUCAAUAAUUGCCUUGACGUUGUGCGACACCUGCCAUAUCUUUUUCAUGCCGCCACCAUUUUAGUAUGUUCCGGAUCAAUAAAUAUGAGAGCUGCUACUCAUGGCUUAAUUAUGAAUAUAAUACAUUCAUUAUGUACUUGCACUAAACCACGAUUUUCUGACGAAGUUCAAAAAUUUCUCCGUGUUUCGUUAGAUGAGUUUUCUCUUCCAAAAUAUUAUGUAUUAUUUGGAAUAAGCAAAGUUAAAAAUGCUGCAGUAACAGCUUUUAAGCUAGGAAUUAAACAUCUAGAUACGCGAAUAGUAUCUUGUGGUGGCGGAACCCAGUGUCACCACCAAACAUGCGGUCAGCCUUGUCAAACAGUUAAUACAACACCUACCGCUCCAGCUGGUCAUGGUGAUAAAGAUAAGCUUUCAUCAAACGCGGUUAUGCAAGAACGAGAGCGGGUAUCUCUUGGUUCGCUAGAAGUUAUCACAGACGCACUUCUAGAAAUUCUUGAAGCUUGCAUGAGGCAAGUAGAAGAUUGCGAUUGGUUAAGUCAAUGGACUAUUUUAGCGAAAAGUUUGGCCUAUUGUUAUAACCCUGCUCUACAACCCAGAGCUUUAAUAGUUUUUGGAUGCAUUUCUAAAAAUGCUAAUGAUUGUGAAAUAGUUCAGAUUAUGCGAACCAUGAUUAAGGCACUAGAAUCUUGGAAUGACAUAAUUCUUUUAGAGGCUGCUAUUAUGUGCUUGACUAGGUUGCAACCAGUAUUAUGUUCCGAUUCUCCAAUUCACAAAUCCAUAUUUUGGGUGGCUGUUUCAGUCCUGCAGCUAAACGAAACAAAUUUGUAUGCUGUAGGAUUAGCUCUUUUGGAACAAAAUCUGCAUACACUCGAUUCUCAAGGAACAUUUGAAGAUACCCCUCUUGAACAAGUCAUGAUGCAAACUAGGGAUCCGCUAGAAUCAUUCUUUAAGCAGAUGGAUCAUAAUGUUGGAUUAAGCUUUCGAACAAAUUUUCAUUUCGCUCUUGUUGGUCAUUUGCUUAAGGGAUAUAGACAUCCCACCGCUACUACCGUAUCCAGAACAAUAAGAGUUCUAACAAUGCUUCUAUCAAUAAUCGCCAAACCCAAUAAAAAAGAUAAGUUCGAAGUAACACCAGACAGCGUUGCAUACCUAACAGCUCUUAUCGGCUAUUCUGAGGAAGUACGAAGCAGGUGUCACGUAAAACAUUCAAUACCAAGAUACAUGACUGACUCAUUAUCACAGGAAAAUUUCCUAGGAGAUUCUAAUGCACAAGUAUCAGCAAGUCAGCAACCAAUGACUACGGUAGUAUCAAGUACCGUGUUUAAUGCUACAUCUACACGCCGACAAAAAUCAUGUGACCUACUAGAUCAAUCAAUUCUUACGCAGGCGCGUCUAAACAAACCCCCAAAUAGUAAUCAACAUCAGGUUGAACGAGUCAAUUCAGCAAGUAAUAAGGGUUGGCGGAGUCUAGAUUUAGCCCAGAGUCCGGGUUUACAGACCAACACUGUUCUCACCCGGACUUUAUUUCGAACGCAGAGAUCUAGCUCGGUCCCUGUUCAACAGAAUUCGAUAAAUACAGAUAGUCCACCAGCUGUACCACAAAACAAACAUCGCAGUGCUAGAGUUUCAGUUAGCAAUGAAAAUAAUGUACUAUUAGAUCCAGAAGUUCUAACAGACUUCAGCACCCAGGCUUUGGUAUUGACUACGCUCGCCACAUUGGCAAAGUAUAGCACUGGUGAAGUAGAAACACGAACACUCUACAAAUCUGCAGAGGGAGCUACUGUAUUUCCAAGAGUUUUUCCAGUUAUCUAUAAUCUGCUCGAUCAAAAUUUGAAAAAUAUAGUCAGUGGUAACCAUGACUUGGAAACCUUAAGCGCUGUCAGAACAAUUAUACAAACCAUGAUUACUUGCGAGGGAACUAGCCAGGAAAGCAUACAUUACUUACAAAAUUGUGGCUUUGCUGGCUUAUGGAGAUUUGCUGGAUCUUUUCUAAAAGUCAAACAGGGUGAAACGCAAAAUAUGGACGGACAGAGUGAUGUAUUUAGAGAGUGUUUGAUGCAGAUGGUUGAAAUAUAUAUGCCGACAGAGGAUGGUGCUGGAGAUAUCGGUGAACCAGUGAUAGCUUUUCCAUCUAUUUUAAGUGUCAACGACUCAAACACGAAUUUAUCAAGUUCAAGUCUGAUGCUUUCUCCGACGGAUAGGGAAAAAGGUUGUUUCGGGAGGAAUGAAGAAAGUAGGAAUGGGGGAAGUAGAUCAUCUCUGGAUCGGUGUUUUUCUAGUAAAUUGAAACGAACAGUUAAAAACGCUUUUCAUAAUUUGUUAGAAGGAAAUGCUGCCAUCCUGCUGUAUAUUUUACAUUUGCUUAUGUUUUACAUUUUAUUAUUAAGUAAAGACUGCUAAUUUUCUUUUAUGUUAGGUAUGGUUUUUGUCUUUAUAGAAUGGCGGUUUUUCUUCUUCUAACACUUUAACAAAUAUUAUAUUCUAAACUAAUGGAUAUGUGAAACUACGAUGUACAAAUUAAAUUUACUUUUUGUUUUUUAGCUUUA